UGCUUCGAGAGACUUCAGCAAAGCAACUGUCGGUCUUCCCGAGUCUCUGGCGAACGCAACACCGACGUAGGUGGGUAGAUCUCGUCUCCUCUCCGCUCUCAAGAGAUCGAGAGAGAAGAGAGAGCGGGAUCUCUCGAUCCUUCCUCCAUGGAAGCGGCGCCUCAGUUCCUCCAGUGCGGCUUCGAGCCCUUCCGCCGCUCGCCCUUGGCGACAGCCGCCCCGCAGUAGAGGACGCUCCGACGCCGAUCAAUUCGUCUGAGAUCUAGGUCUCCACGAUCGGGAGUCUUCAAUGUGGCGACGGAGCCUACGACCGGUGGUGCCGUUUCUUCUUCUUCUUCUUCUAAUUCUGCCUCUUCUCCUCGGUCCGCCUCGUUUGGUUCCGUCAAUGGUGCCGUCUCCAACAGGUUUGGCAACGUGUCGUAGGAGAUAAAGAUGGUGAGAAAGCAGAUGGAGGAGGACGAGCAGCUGGCCACGCUGAUGAGAGGACUUCGAAGUCAAAACCUCACCGACGUUCAGUUUGCAGAUGAGAACAUCCGGCUUCGUCUUGUCGAGGUACCAGCUGUGAACAGCAAUGAAGCAUUGCCACUUGUGUAUGAUCCUGACAUAAUUGCAUCCUACUGGGGAAAGCGCCCUAGAGAUGUUUCCACACGGAUUAUACAGCUGCUGUCUGUAGCAGGUGGCUUUCUGUCUCAUUUAGCUUGGGACUUGAUUAACAAGAAGAUCGCAGAGGUUCCUUCAUUUCCAGAUGAUGUUGCGAUGGCCCUUAUUGAAGAAGAACUUGGGCAGCCUUGGUGUAAAAUCUACUCUGAACUGACACCAUCCCCAAUUGCUGCUGCAUCUCUGGGACAAGUUUACAAGGGUUGCCUAAAAGAAACUGGCGAGUUGGUGGCCGUCAAAGUACAGCGGCCUUUUGUUCUGGAGACUGUCACCAUAGAUCUCUUCAUUAUUCGUAAACUGGGACUGUUUUUGCGAAGAUUUCCUCAGGAUGAAUGGGCUGCCCGCAUUUUUGAAGAACUUGAUUAUGUAAAUGAAGGAGAAAAUGGAACUCGCUUUGCUGAAAUGAUGAGAGAAGACCUUCCUCAGGUUGUCAUACCGAAGGCUUAUCAUAAAUAUACGUCAAGAAAAGUUCUUACCACCCAGUGGAUAGAUGGAGAGAAACUAUCACAAAGUACUGAAAGUGAUGUAGGGAACUGGUCAACAUUGGAGUGAUAUGCUACCUAAAGCAGAUAUGAAAAAUCUGAUAAGCAAACAUGAAUAAGUGUCCAAUUCCACAAAGAGACAAAAUAGAGAUAUGGGACAUGUAGGAGAAGAGUAAUACAAGAAGGCACAUAUGGUCAAAAUAUUUUGUAAGGAACUUUACAACGGUAAGCAUUUUUAUUAUUGUUAUUUCAAUUGACCUUGGAACAGUAAAAUAAAAGAGCUGGUAGCUGUCUACAUGACCCAUAUGAAUUGUGGGUUUGAAUGUGAAUCCAUGUGACACUACAACUGUGCCCGAUUUUCAGAGUAUUGAUUCUUGUUGAUUGUAGGUCAUUCCAACAGUGGUUCAAACACUAACCUUUUGGGAUGAUCUGGUUCUAUAUAAAGUUAAAAUUUUAAUUUUUUUCACCCAUAUUGAAAUCCAUAAAUAAUGUGGGUUACAAGGGACAACUUGGCCAAGAAUUAUAAAAAGAGAAAUAGAUAGGGUCAACGGGUCUUUUUUUCCACCUAAUUUUUUCAUAUAUAUGAUCUAAUCUCUUGUUAUUGUGCUGUUGAACAAUGAAUAUGUUAAAAUUAUCAUUAUAUAUAAUGUUUAUGUUUAAAAUCUAGAUCUUCUCUAAACUAUAAUCCUAGAUACCCAAGGCUACAAACACUAGUACUAGCCUUCCCUUGACCAUCUCCCUCCCUGAUCUUAUGUCAACCUCUAUGGUUCCAUUUAUGUGUAUCUAUUUGGGUAACUGAUAGAAACUAGAAAGAAAUAUUUCUUACACAUAAAAGUAGAUAAAGGGUUAAUUUGACCAACUAGACUUAAAAAGAGUUAAGGCUACUUAUAUAUUUGAGAGAAUGCCAGGUGAAUACAGGAAAUACAAUGGUGGUAUUUAUGUAUCAGAAGAAAGUGGAUGAAUGGACUUGUAUGAACCAAUGUUUGAAAUCUUGUUACGCUGGCUGAUUUAAUCAUUGGUCAGACCGGCAUAGAACAUACCAAUCGGGGCAUGGACAAGAAAAUAUGUGAGGAGAUACUCAGUUUUAUUUCUUAUUUCUAAAUUACUGACUGUUGGUUGUGGUUUUUGUACAUUGGUAAAAUUCAUGCAAGUCACUGAAAUUUUAUAAAAUGAUGUAUAAUUUUUAUAUCAAGUUUCUAAUCUUUCCAUUCAUCUUGUUAUAUAUGUAAUGUGCAGUUGAAGAAGGUCCGAGUAACUAAAAAAUGCUUUCUUUAUCAAGUAAAAAACUUGGUCUAUGACUCUCUGCUAUAGGUAGAAUAUAAAAAUCAUAUCAGCUGAAUUCUUAAGCAAUGUUAAAAAUAACAUGAUUUGAUCCUUGAAAUAACUUGGUGUCUUUGAUACAUCUAUAUACGGCAUGAUUGUUGAAGCAAGAAAGGCCUUGAAACUCGAGUGUUGUUAUGUUCUUUUUUUUUUUUGUUGAAUUAUGCAUUUUUCAUCUGAUGGCUUUCUACUUUUUGCAACUACUUGAUACUGGCUUCUUUCAUGCUGAUCCUCAUCCUGGAAAUAUGAUUCGUGCACACACCAUUUGUAAUUUAUCAUUUAUAUCUCAUACAAAAAUUAGUCAUAUGGGCCAUUAUAUUUUAAACAUAUCAGCCAUAUCGUAACAUCUCUUACCUUUUUGAAAAAGUGAUGCAUCGAGGUGUUCGUAUUGUGUUGAAUCAAUAUCCACGCAUCAUAGAGAAAACAAUAAGAUGGCACAAAUUUUAAAUGAAACAUAUGCAAUGCCCUUGACAACUAUUCAGUUUUUAAGUCCCACAUGAAGCUAUAUAAUAAAUCUUAAUAGUAUUUCAGUCCUUUUUUACUAGCUAGAUUGAUUUCGACAUAGAAUGUUUUUAGUUCUCAAGUUAUAUGUUUGUUAUGUUGCAUACUUCACCAGUUUUUAUUCCAAGAUGCCUUUUGCAGGUAUAGGAUGAUGACAACGGAAAAAUUGCUACUUCAAAUCUAAAGACUGAAAAUUAGGAAAAAUAUCCUUUAAACUUAAUAGGCAAAAGAUAAAAAAUUUAAUGCUCAAUAGAGCAGGAAAUGUAAUUAAGACGGAAUAAGGAAACAAUUGACUUAAGUCGAGCAUAAUAAGGGGUUUUGAAGUGGUCAAAUACAGAUAAUGCUUUCAAGUAAAAACUAAA